UCCCUCCGUCCCUCCUGGGCUGUGACUUCCCUGCGAGAGCAGAGACAGCUUCUCUCUCUCCCUCUGCUCGCGCAGGCCUACCCUGACCCCUGCCCUCGCUCGAUGGUGACACUCCGGCGGUAACAUGAAGCUGGCCCAUGCUCUGGUGCCUCUGCUGCUGCAGGCCUGCUGGGUGGCCGCUCAGGACGUCCCGGGCAAUGACAGGGCGGUCGCCUUCCAGGACUGCCCUGUGGACCUCUUCUUUGUGCUGGACACCUCUGAGAGCGUGGCCUUGAGGCUGAAGCCCUAUGGGGCCCUGGUGGACAAGGUCAAGACCUUUACCAAGCGCUUCAUCGACAACCUGAGAGACAGGUACUAUCGGUGUGACCGUAACCUGGUGUGGAACGCGGGCGCGCUGCACUACAGCGACGAGGUGGAGAUCAUCCGCUCGCUCACACGCAUGCCCAGCGGUCGCGAUGUACUCAAGGCCAGUGUGGAUGCGGUCAAGUACUUUGGCAAGGGCACAUACACGGACUGCGCCAUCAAGAAGGGGCUGGAGGAGCUGCUCGUGGGGGGCUCCCACCUGAAGGAGAACAAGUACCUGAUUGUAGUGACUGAUGGGCACCCCCUGGAGGGCUACAAGGAGCCGUGUGGGGGCCUGGAGGACGCCGUGAACGAGGCCAAGCACCUGGGCAUCAAAGUCUUCUCGGUGGCCAUCACGCCCGACCACCUGGAGCCACGUCUAAGCAUCAUCGCCACAGACCACACGUACCGACGCAACUUCACAGCGGCCGACUGGGGGCAGAGCCGGGACGCGGAGGAAGUCAUCAGCCAGACCAUUGACACCAUCAUUGACAUGAUUAAAAACAAUGUGGAGCAAGUGUGCUGUUCCUUCGAGUGUCAGCCCGCCAGAGGACCUCCCGGACCACCGGGUGACCCCGGGUACGAGGGAGAACGUGGGAAGCCAGGUCUCCCAGGAGAGAAAGGAGAAGCCGGAGACCCUGGAAGGCCUGGGGACCUCGGACCGGUCGGCUACCAGGGGAUGAAGGGAGAAAAAGGGAGCCGAGGGGAGAAGGGCUCCAGGGGAUCCAAGGGCUACAAGGGAGAGAAGGGCAAGCGUGGCAUCGAUGGCGUGGACGGCAUGAAGGGGGAGAUGGGGUACCCCGGCCUGCCAGGGUGCAAGGGCUCACCCGGAUUCGACGGCGCUCAAGGACCCCCAGGGCCCAAGGGCGACGCGGGUGCCUUCGGACUGAAAGGAGAAAAGGGUGCGCCUGGAGCUGAUGGGGAGCCCGGGAGGCCGGGGAGCACAGGGCCCCCUGGCGAUGAGGGCGAGCCGGGGCUGCCUGGUCCCCCGGGAGAGAAGGGAGAGGCCGGCGACGAGGGAAACCCGGGACCGGACGGUGCCCCUGGAGAAAGGGGCGGCCCUGGGGAAAGAGGACCGCGGGGGACCCCAGGCGUGCGCGGCCCCAGGGGAGACCCGGGCGAAGCUGGACCCCAGGGUGACCAGGGACGAGAAGGCCCCGUCGGCAUCCCCGGAGACCCGGGUGAGGCUGGACCCAUUGGACCUAAAGGGUACCGAGGUGACGAGGGGCCCCCGGGGCCUGAGGGUUCCAGAGGGGCCCCAGGGCCCACGGGACCCCCCGGAGACCCCGGGCUGAUGGGCGAAAGGGGGGAAGACGGCCCACCCGGAAACGGCACUGAGGGCUUCCCUGGCUUCCCUGGCUAUCCAGGCAGCAGGGGCCCCCCCGGGAUAAACGGCACUAAAGGCUACCCGGGCCUCAAGGGGGACGAAGGAGAAGCCGGAGACCCUGGAGAGGACAACAACGACAUCGCACCCCCAGGUGUCAAAGGAGCCAAGGGAUACCGGGGCCCCGAAGGCCCCCAGGGACCCCCAGGACACACGGGACCACCAGGGCCGGAUGAAUGUGAGAUCUUGGACAUCAUCAUGAAAAUGUGCUCUUGCUGUGAGUGCAAGUGUGGCCCCAUCGACAUCCUCUUCGUGCUGGACAGCUCGGAGAGCAUAGGCCUUCAGAACUUUGAGAUCGCCAAGGACUUCAUCAUCAAGGUCAUCGACCGGCUGAGCAGAGACGAGCUGGUCAAGUUUGAGCCCCGGCAGUCGCACGCAGGGGUGGUGCAGUACAGCCACAACCAGAUGCAGGAGCACGUGGACAUGAGGACCUCCAACAUCAGGAACGCUCAGGAGCUCAAGGAAGCCAUCAAGAAGCUGCAGUGGAUGGCGGGGGGCACGUUCACCGGCGAGGCCCUGCAGUACACGCGGGACCGGCUGCUGCCACCCUCCGACAACAACCAGAUAGUGCUAGUCAUCACGGACGGCCGCUCAGACACCCAGAGGGACCCCACCCCGCUCAGCGUGCUCUGCGGCCCAGACGUCCAGGUGGUCUCCGUGGGCAUCAAGGACAUGUUUGGCUUCGUCGCGGGCUCCGACCAGCUCAACGUCAUCUCCUGCCAAGGCCUGGGGCCCCAGGGCCGGCCAGGCAUCUCGCUGGUGAAAGAGAACUAUGCCGAGCUGCUCGAGGACGCCUUCCUAAAGAACAUCACCACCCAGAUCUGCAUAGACAAGAAGUGCCCAGAUUACACGUGCCCAAUCACCUUCACCUCCCCGGCCGACAUCACCAUCCUGCUGGACGGCUCGGCCAGCGUGGGCAGCCACAACUUCGACACCACCAGGCGCUUCGCCAAGCGGCUGGCCGAGCGCUUCCUGACGGCGGGCAAGACGAACCCCUCCCACGACGUGCGGGUGUCGGUGGUGCAGUACAGCGGCCCCGGGCAGCAGCAGCCAGAGCGCGCGUCGCUGCAGUUUCUGCAGAACUACACCGUGCUGGCCGGCACCGUGGACAGCAUGACCUUCUUCAACGACGCCACUGACGUCAACGACGCCCUCGGCUACGUGACGCGCUUCUACCGCGAGGCCUCGUCUGUCCCAGCCAAGAAGAGGCUGCUGCUCUUCUCUGACGGCAACUCACAGGGGGCCACGGCGGCGGCCAUCGAGAAGGCGGUGCAGGAGGCCCAGCGGGCAGACAUCGAGAUCUUCGUGGUGGUGGUGGGCCGCCAGGUGAACGAGCCGCACAUCCGCGUCCUGGUCACGGGCAAGACGGCCGAGUACGACGUGGCCUAUGGCGAGCGCCACCUGUUCCGCGUGCCCAGCUACCAGGCCCUAAUGCGUGGCGUCUUCUACCAGACGGUGUCCAGGAAGGUGGCGCUGAGCUAGCGCCGGGGCCCCUCUCCCACCGCGAAAACGGGAAGUAAGAUGUGACGUGAAUGUGCCUGACCAACCUGAUGAGCUGGAUGUUUCUAAAGGAAAGGCUUGAAAAGCCGCGUGUGUUUUGCCCGCCCCUGGGGUCCCGGGACCCUGCCAGCGCCUGCCCCGCUCACCAUGUUAGCAGCCCCCCACCCCCAGCAGGCUCUGAAUCCCCGAAGGCGCUUCCCCCUUCCCUGUCUGGGGGGUCGCUUGAGUGCGGCCUCCCCUCCCGCACCUCCCGCAUAGUCUGACUUUUCUAAUCCUGCACAAUUCUUUAGUUAGCAUUUCAUGUACACUCUCAAAAGUCUGCUAGUAAAUUCGUGUGAGACGGUGGACGCUUCGUUUUUGGAAAGCCAAGGUCGAGAGCAUUUUUAAAACAUGACCCCUGACGAGUAGACUCCUCCACAUAAGGUUCUCCUCCCUCAGGGCUCAGACCUUGGUUCCUGAGGCCUCGGGCCACAGAGCUCAGGGCAAGCGAACGCUUACACGCUGACUGGUGUCUCCAGAAAACGGCAGCAAACGGUGACUCCCCAACCCAAAAACCCGGAACACAAAGGUGCUACCCUGUAGACCCCUGCCCCAUCUACUCAGAGGCCUGGACCCCUGGGCCAUCCAGUGACACAAAGUGAUGUGUUUAAAAAAAAUAAUAAAAAAUAACCCAAAGCUCUUUUUCCUCAA